GACGGCCCCGGGGAGGCCGCGAGGAGGCCCGCGGAGGCCUCCGUGGUUGCAGCCGCGGUGUGGGCAGGGUGGCGCCUGCGGGCGCUGCGCCUGGAGGCCUGGGCAGCGCUGGCCUCCCCGGGAGGCAUGCGGCGCGGUGGCGGCAGCCGGCCCUUCGUGGCCCGCACCGACUUCGACAAGAGGGUCAUCCUGUCGGGCUUCGAGCGGCGGGGGUGGCAGCGCGCCGGAGAGGAGGACGAGCCGCAGGACUGGGACCUCUACUGGGCCUCGGUGGGCACGGUCCGGCAGAUCUUCAACCCAGAAACCGGCGUGCGCCUGGCGGAGCACCAGUUGAUAAACCAUUUCCCGAACCACUACGAGCUCACGCGCAAGGACUUGUUGGCGAGGAACAUCCGGCGGUACCGCAAGGAGCGGGAGAAGUUCCAGCAGCCCGAUGAGGCCUCGGGCGCUGCGGGGGCGCACGCGGGGCCGCCCGGGGGCGGCUCCGGCGCCGGCAGGGCCGGUGCCGGCGGCGCGCUGGAGGACGACUACCUGCCUCCAGACUGGGUGCCGACGACCUUCGCUCUGCCGACCGACUACGCCAUCUUCGUGGAGGAGUUCCGGCGCAACCCCAACCACGUUUGGAUCGCGAAGCCGACGGGCAAGGCGCAGGGCCGCGGGAUAUUUUUGGUGUCGAAGCUGCAGCAGUUGAGGAAAUGGUCGGGUGGCUCCCAGAAGGCAGCGCAAUCUUCUGGGGAGCAGAUCCCCGUUUUCCGCGAGCCCUACAUCGUCUCACGCUACAUCAACGACCCUUUACUCGUCGGCGGCAAGAAGUUCGAUAUGCGAUUAUACGUCCUCGUGACGUCGUUCCGGCCGCUGAAGGUCUACCUCUACCGUGCCGGUUUCUGUCGGUUCUGCACCGAGCAGUACACUUCUGACGUUGCGGAGUUCGAUAACGUCUUCGUGCAUCUCACUAACGUUGCGAUCCAGAAGACGGGCGAAGACUAUAACGAUAGCCAUGGGGGAAAAUGGAGCGUUGAUGACUUGAUGCUGUACGUCGAGGGAACACGCGGGCGGGCGGCGCGCGAUAAGCUCGUGAGCGACAUGGAGGCUAUCAUCGUCCACUCGCUCAAGGCAGCACAGGUGAUCAUGAUCAACGACAAGCACUGCUUCGAGAUGUACGGCUUCGACAUCCUCGUCGACAGCUCCCUGAAGCCGUGGCUGCUGGAGGUCAACGCCUCGCCGUCGCUCUCCACGACCACAGCAGAGGACCGCAUUCUGAAGCUGCGCCUGAUUCUCGACGUUCUCAACCUAGUAGUGCCUCCAGGACGCCCUCCUGGGAGCGCCGUGGACGACACUCAGGAGGUCCUGGGCAACUUCGACCUGAUCUACCAGGAGCGUGCCAGGGGCGUCGCCUCGGCGUCACGCCGCUCCGCCAGCGCCGGCUGGCGGUGA